CGGGGCCGUGGUCGGGGCCGGUCGCGCCAUGGCCGCCGGUGCGGGGCUGGCGCUGCUGGCGGCGCUGCUGGCGGCGGCCGGGGCCGAGCGGGGCCGGAAGGUGUCCAUGCAGUACAACCCCGGCUGGAACGGCUCCUCCGUGAACCUGCUGCACGUGCGGGCGGCGGGGCCUGGGGACAGCCUGCACUACGUGUGGAGCAGCAUCGGGGCCCCCGCCGUGCUGCUGGUGGCCACCCGGAGCCCCAGCAGCGCCCUGAGGGUCAACUGGACCCAGCUGCUCUCGCCCAGUCCUGCCGGAGCCAUCUGGAUCGACCCUCCCGACAGCGUGGUCUAUUCCACGGCCGUGGUCUUCACCAAGCUGUUCGAGUUCAGCGAGGCCAAGCCUUUGGGAGAGCUCUUCUACCCCACCUAUGACCUGUCCGAGUUCUCCUGGGACAGCCUCAACCACACCCUGAACCACACGGCGCUGACGGCCGAGCUCAGCGGGGUCCCAGCCACCGACCCCGGCGGCGGCUUCGCCAACGGCAGCCUGGCAUUCCGGGUGACAGCCUACGAGGCCAGUGGCCGUGCCGGGCGCCUGCCCAGCCUCCUGCACACGGCAGACAGCUCCCAGCUGGAAUUCAUCCUGGCCGGGGUGGCCCCGCGGGGAAACAGCUCCCGCUUUGUGCUGGAGGUGGCCACGGUGGAGGAGGCGGGGGUGGUGCGGAGGCUGCGCUCGGAGCGCUCCAUCGACGAUGAGUACACCCCCACCAUCUUUGAGGUGCUGUCCCUGGUAGCUGAGUCCCAGAACGGCAGCUCCACGCUCGGGUUCCUGCAGUGGAAGGCGACGGCCUACGGCUCACGGAGCCCCCGGCGCGAGGACGGCAUCCGCUGCCGGGCUCAGGGGCUGCAGGCGGCCAACUGGACCCUGCCCGUGUCCAGCAUUGUCCAGGCCUACUUUGGGGAGAGUCUGGGCAGCACCUGCACCAUCAGCGCCCUCAAUGUGUCCUUUGGGGGAGAGGAGGGACGGGUGUACCAGGAGAAGCGAUACCUCAGCUGGUCGGUGCUGCUGGGCUUCGGGCAGCCCCCCAGGGACACCUUCUCGGCCCUGGUCAUCUCCAUCACAGCCGUGGCGCUGGGCACGCCCCUGGCCAUGCUGCUGCUGGGCAGCUGCCUGGUGCUGCUGGUGCGGAGGAGACGCUACUCGGAGUACGAGCCCAUCAACUGAGGGGGCUGAGUCCCACGGAGACCCCUGGGACCCUCCCCAUUCCCGGGAAUGGCCGUGGCUGUUCCGGGCCUCCGGCGCUGCCGCCUCCUCCGCCUCCCCUCUGAGCCCCGAGGGGACCAGGGUGACACUUGCAGCUGCCCACGCCACGUCUCCUGUGUCCUGCUCCUUCCCACUGCCACGUCCUGCGCUGGAUUGCACGUCUUCCCCGGUUUUUCCUGAUCCAUGCAGCCAAGGGAAGCGAUGGGGGGGGUUUGGUCAGGGAAAUCCCACUCCUCCCAAGGGAUACAACCACUGCUGUCCCAGCUGCAGGCCAGGGACUGGCUCCAGGGCCACUUCCAGGGAUGCUUGGGCUGGGGAGCAGCACCACUCGAGCUUCCCAGCACAUCCCAGCUCCUCCAGCCAGGGCUCACGGACUCCUCCCUGCUCCCACGUUCCUGCUGCACUGGCCUGGGACGUGAGGGACACCCAGUGCCACGUCACAGCAGCUGCUCAAGCUCAGGUGUGUCCAGUCGGGCCAUGGGGGGCUGGUCCAGCCAGGAUGCUGCUCCUGGAUACCCCAUGGGGCUGGAUCCCAGGUGCUGCCCAGGUGUCAGGAGCCCUGGGACGAGUGUGGCCUGUGGCUGCUUGGGGUUCUCAGAGGUACCUGGGGCUGUGCUGGGUUCUGAGUUCUCCAUCACCAACUUGUCUUGAACCAAAUAAAGUGGAUUUCUAAACACA